AGAGAGAGAGAAAGGGAGGAGCUGCAGCUCUAAGAUGAGAAGGUGGAUUGGCGCAGGGAAAGGAAAGAAGGAGGGAUAACGAUUUAGAAUAUGAAAGGCAGAAACCGAAAGAAGGAGAACGCAUUGUCGUCCGAGAGACAUUAGCUCGACAAGGUGCCUAACAAAGCCCCAACACAAAAUUACAGCAGAUCCGUUAUACAGUCCCCAUUGGUUGUGUGAUCGCAGGCCGGUAAAUGCGCGCAGCGUCAUUCUCCUGUUUGCGCACAUUACGCUGGACUGACCGGAGUCACAACAGCAUCACCGAUCACAGAGGAAAAAACCUGCACCCUCAUCCCGAUCCCGAGCUGUUGUAUAAGUUUUAUACUUUUCCCUACCAGAACGAGACGGAAUUAGCAGUCACUCAACUGGGUGUGUUCGCUUAGGAAGGAUGAAGAUCCUAUUGUUUUUUCUAGCACUCUGCUCAUUGACUUUGAGCUACACUGUGGGUGGGGACGUGUGUGUUUCGGGUCAUGACAGUGGGCCAAUGUUUGAAGAGCAGCCAUCCAGUUUGAUUUACCCAGAGGGGCUGCCUGAUGGUAAAGUGACUCUGAAUUGCCAGGCGAGAGCCAGUCCUGCAGCCUCCUACAGGUGGCGUGUUAAUGGAACAGAUGUGGUUAUAAGAGAGGACUCUCACUACACUCUGGUGGCAGGGAACCUGGUGAUCAAUAAUCCUCAACAUGGCCAUGAUGCUGGCUCAUACCAAUGCCUUGCCAUGAAUCGCUGUGGCACCAUUGUUAGCCGAGCAGCUAAUCUCAAAUUUGGCUAUCUCCACGAUUUUCCCUCAGAAAACCGUAGUCCUCAGACUGUUUAUGAGGGAGUCGGGACUUUUCUGGCUUGCCACCCUCCGGCUCACUACCCAGCUCUCUCUUAUCGUUGGAUCCUCAAUGACUUUCCUAGCUUUGUCCAGCCAGAUGGGGGAAGGUGGUUUGUAUCACAGGUGACAGGCAACUUGUACCUGGCUAACGCUAGAACCAAUGACACAGGCAACUACUUCUGCCUCACCACCAUUAACAUGGACAUCACCACUAAGAGCACGUUCAGCAAAGCCAUUCAGCUCACAGUGCAGUCUGACGCUAACCCAAAGAAGUCAGCCCCAAACAUCCGUGUGCGUUUCCCCUCUGAGACGUAUGGCUUAGCAGGUCACACCACACAACUGGAAUGCUUUGCCUAUGGAAAUCCUACACCUAAGCUGCGCUGGAGAAAGGUGGAUGGAGUUUUACCCUCCAAGGUUGGAGCAAGUGCAGAUAGCCCCAUCCUGGCCAUUCCAGAUCUAAGCUUUGAUGAUGAGGGCAUGUAUGAAUGUGAGGCUUACAGCUCAGAGGGACGGGAUACAUACCAGGGUCGUAUCUCCGUUCAAGCACAACCAGAGUGGCUCCAGGUGAUGAGCGAUUCAGAGGUAGAAAUCAGCUCAGAGCUACACUGGACUUGCGUGGCUGCAGGAAAACCAAGACCAAUAAUUCGUUGGCUUCGUAAUGGACUACUACUUAGCACCCAGGAUCGUGUGGAGGUGAACAGCGGCCACUUAAAAAUCAGCAACUUGGCACUAGAGGAUUCUGGGAUGUACCAGUGUGUGGCUGAGAACAAACAUGGCACCAUCUACUAUAAUGCAGAACUUAGAGUUCAAGUCCAGGCUCCAGAUUUUAGGCUUAACCCGGUGAAAAAGCUGGUCCCUGCUGCUCGUGGAGGCCAGGUGAAGAUGGAGUGUAAACCACGUGCUGCUCCUAAACCCACGCUUUUCUGGAGCCGUGGUACUGAACUCCUCACCAACAGCAGCAGGGUUACAGUCAUGCCUGAUGGGGUUCUGUGGAUCUAUAACAUCAGCCGUGCCGAUGAAGGAAAAUACACUUGCUUUGCUGAGAAUUACUUGGGCAAAGCCAACAGCACUGGCCAUCUAUCAGUCAGAGAUGCAACCAAAAUUACACUGGCACCUUCCAAUGCUGACAUCAACCAAGGCGAUAAUGUCACCCUACAGUGUCAUGCAUCACAUGAUCCAACCAUGGACCUCACCUUCACCUGGUCCCUCAAUGGGAUACUAUUAGACCUAGAGCAACCAAACGGACACUACCAUCGUAUAGAUGGGAAAGAAACCAUCGGUGAUCUGGUCAUUGUGAACACUCAGUUAAGCCAAGCAGGCACCUACAUGUGUUCAGCACAGACAGUUGUAGACAGUGCAGUGGCUUCUGCCAGACUGGUCGUUAGGGGCCCUCCAGGGCCCCCUGGAGGUUUGGUGGUUAAGAAUGUGAAUGAGACAUCACUAGAGCUACGGUGGAGUCGUGGCUAUGACAACCACAGCCCAAUUGGGAAAUAUGUCAUCAUGGGCUGCUCCGAGCACUCACAUGACUGGAGGAGAAUGAGGACAGAACCUGCUAAUAUUGAGGGCAAUGCUGAAUCUGCACGAGUGAUUGAUUUACGACCCUGGAUGGACUACCAGUUCCAGGUCAUUGCCAGCAACAUUCUGGGAAGUGGGGAACCCAGCAUGCCUUCACAAACCAUUCGCACCAAACAGGCAGCACCAACAGUGGCACCUAGUGGUGUGGGUGGAGGAGGAGGAGACCGCAGUGAGCUCAUCAUCACAUGGACACCUAUGGCAAGGGAAUAUCAAAAUGGUGAUGGCUUUGGCUACAUUUUGGCAUUUAAGAAGUUUGAGGCACCCACAUGGAUGGUGGUGCGUGUUCCUAAUGUGGAGUCUUCACGUUACGUCUACAGUAACCAGAGUCUCAUGCCAUACUGCCCCUUUGAGGUUAAAAUCAAAGCUUACAACAGAAAAGGCGAAGGACCUUUCAGUCAGAUAGCCAUUGUGCACUCAGCUGAAGAAGAGCCCACAGUGUCACCCCGCAAAAGCAAUGCGUCAGCAUUAACAGCUUUUGAAAUCCAAGUCUCUUGGGAACCCAUCCAACACUUAAGCAGCAAUGGAGUACUGCGUGGCUUUGAGAUUCGGUACUGGAGGCAGCAUGAGAGGGAAGCUGCAGCAGACCGUGUGCGAACAGCUGGCCUGGAGAAUACAGCGCGGGUGACUGGAUUAAGACCCAACACACUUUAUCACGUCACUGUUCUGGCUUAUAACAGUGCUGGCACUGGGCCACCCUCUCCACGCACCACUGUCAUCACCAAGAAACCCCCCCCUAACCGCCCACCAGGGAAUGUUUCCUGGAAGACAGAUGGUUCAUGGGUAACAGUGAGGUGGGAUCAUGUUAAGUCUAUGGACAAUGAGUCUGCAGUGCUGGGAUACAAAGUCCUGUACAAGCAUGAAGGGCAGUCAGCUCUAAAAGUGUUAGACAAAGGCAAGACAUCAAUCAACCUUCCACUUCCCAAAGAUAAUGGCUAUGUGGUUUUGGAAAUCCGAUCUUGGGGAGAGGGAGGUGAUGGAGCAGCUAACGAGAUCAUAGUUUCUCGAGACUCAGGAACUGGGAUGAUGGUUCAGAAAAACAGUGUAGGAUCCUUCAGCACAUUAUUUUUGCUCUGGCAUGCUGUGGUUCUCAUUGUGACUGGGUUAUCUGUGCUGUGAUCAGCCAGUGCAAAGUUCUUUUCCUAGUAAUAGCCCACAGAUAUUGGCUGGCUACCCCCCAGGUGGGGUGCAACAUUUGGCAGUGGGAUUUAAAAUUAGGGAGGUUGGGGGGAGGGGGAGUGCCUGGGAUUUUAAUACUAAAUAUAAAAAAAUACAACAUUUGUUUUACUCUUUUGUAUAAAAAAAAAUAAUUUUUACCACAAACAACUUGUGUUGUAAACUUUGCCUUGUGGGGGGAAAUCAGUACAUUUCAAUUACAUUGAAUUAAUCUGUGACUGUUGGUACUGGGCUUACAUCAUCAAUAUACACAGGAACACAGAUUUUAACAGGUUAAUAUCAAUAUACUUGAUGAUGUACAAACAAUGGGUCUCAUUUAUCAAUUUUCCAGUAAGUCUGUGUGUAAAUACUUUUUGAAGUCAAACCACAUUAAAUUGGGAUUAUACAGCACAUCACAUUACAAGACAUACCAGACCAGUCACUUAUUGGACCCUUAGUACUUUCUCUAAUAAAGUACUAAAUAGCAUUAAAGGUAAUAGAUUGUAAAUCUUAGAAUUUGUAAUGUUAAAAGCUGCCAUGGAAAACACAUCAAAAGACAGUAUAAAUAGAGUUUUUUUCUUUUUCUUCUGUUAAUUUAUUACAGUAAACUGCCUGGUUUUAUGUGAUAAUUUAUAGAUUUAUAAUUUUUUUCUUUAAUUGAUGCCUUUUAUAUGAAAGAACGAGUUUUCAGCUUGACUGCAUAACUCAAUGGAUUUUUCUUUCAAUUAUUUAAGCCAAUGAAUAGAUGUUAGGUUAGUUUUUUUCAGGAUCAUGAUCAGGAUAUAAAAAAUUAUUGGAUUUUUAUAAAUUCCAAAUGUAUUGUUUAAAUGUUCCUAUAAAGAACUUGAUAGCUUGAUAAAUGAGGUCCAAUGUUGCCAUAUGUUCAUCACAGUAUUCUGUGUGAAUCAGUAUGUUGUAAGAAAGUUCUUUUUUAUAGGUUGUUGCCAGUGUGUGGCAGCAUGAAGAAUGAGGACUCAAUAUGAGGAGUAGAAUGAAACCAAACUUUUUAUUUUGCUAAAAAAACAAUUGUAGUGUCUGUGUCAACGUCUGAAACAUUGUAGAGCCAAUUGACACUCAACACAAUCACCAUAUUCCUACGAUGCGUAACCAUGUGUGUGUGUGUGUGUAUAUGUGUCUGUCUGUCUGUCUGUCUGUCUGUGUGCGCUUGUGUGGCUGAUUUAGGAGAAUGGUUGCCCUAGACACAGUGGUUAAAAAAAAAAAUGUCUGAUAAUAAAGGCGGUCUGGCUUGUGAGGUUAUCAUUAUGUAUCAGGGUAAUUUCCUUAUCAAAGCCAUUACUAUCAUUGUUUUUUUUUAUCAAGUGUUAUGUAAAAGAAUAAUCACUAACUAGAAAUGAAUUGUUUGCGAUUAAUCCAGUAAAAAAGUCCAGGCAGAUGUUGUACAAUGCAUUGGGUUAGAGUGCACUAUGGUUAAUCAUCUUACUGUGCUAAUAUUUAUGGCAGUAUUUUCCCUCUGAUGUAUGUGCACUAUAGAUUUGUACAUGCAUGGUCUAGUUAUGAUGUAAGAUACAUAAUCUUGUUUUUUUUUUGCUAUUUACCAAUAUCAGGAUCAGGACUACACCCAGUAUAAUGUUACUAGAUUUACCAGGUUUUGUAUUAUCCAAGUGUGUGAUCAUAGAGACAGUACUUUACAUUUCUUUAAAAGUCUUAAAACAUAACAAGGAAAAAAAUUCCGCUUUUUAAUUUUUCUAUAUUAUGAGGACAUGAGGUAUAGUUACAAUCACACAUUAUCAAUUUACAAUCCAACCCUGUUUCUGGUUAUGUUUUAAAGUUUUUUUAUUCAAUGGUCGGUCCAGUCAGGACACACACACACACACACACACACACACACACACACACACACACACACACACAGUGAACAAUUUUGUAAAGUGGUACUAUAUUCAUGUCCUGUGUCAGGUUUACCACUACUACUAUUAUCUAGUCAUAUUCCGUAAACACACAUUUGCUUAAUCGUUCCCUUUGUUUAUGAAUACUAACCACAAAUUAAUAGAUGCACUAAAGAAGAGCAUUGUCAGAAAGUUGGUAGCAGUGUAGGACUUUCAUCACACACAGGGACGCAUUCUUCAUACCACUCACUGCAUUUUGUUAUUUCUAUUUUCAAGUAUUGUUGUAUUUAUAUUAAUAUUCUUCUUUCCGAAUAAUGGCUCAUUACCUAAUGCUGCAAAAUAAUUCUUGCUUGUUUUUAAAUAUACUUCCUUUCUAUUCAUCAGAGCUACAUCAUUUGUGAGAAAACAGGGACCAAGCAUUAAAAUCAUCAGAGCUUAGACAAAAUAUAAUCUUUGUUUGAAUAUAUAAAACCAUACAUUUCAAUCAAAUGUGCACUAUGCCUUCAUUUAAUUUAUUUCUUAUUGCCAUGGUGUUUCACGUUUUUUCCUUGUCUGAAUUCAGAUCACUGUAUCUACAUAACAUAAAAUCCAUUACAAAAUAAAAUUGGUUACAGUUUGAUAAAAGGAGUCACUUUCUACAUUUAAUGUCACCUGAGGUUAGAUUGGGUUAUCUACUUAAACUACCAUAUAUUGUAAUUGUCUGGUUGACCCUGUUCAAUGUGAAUUGAAUGAGCAUUUCAUCAAAUGGAGCUUGUAAAUAUUCUUCAAUAAACACUCUCUGUAUUUAAUGCAA